AUGGCAGAUGAUCGGAAAGAUGAAGGAAAGGCGCCUCACUGGACCUCAGCUCAACUAACAGAGGCAUCUGCACACCCACAUCCACCUGAGAUUAAGGAUCAAGGCGGGGCAGGGGAAGGACUUGUCAGAAGCGCCAAUGGAUUCCCAUACAGGGAGGAUGAAGAGGGCGCCUUUGGAGAACAUGGGUCACAGAGCACCUAUUCAGAUACCAAAGAGAAUGGAAUCAACGGAGAGCUGACCUCAGCUGACAGAGAAACAGCAGAGGAGGUGUCUGCAAGGAUAGUUCAAGUAGUCACGGCUGAAGCUGUAGCGGUCCUGAAAGGUGAACAAGAGAAAGAAGCUCAACAGAAAGAUCAGCCUGCAGCUCUGCCUUUAGCAGCUGAAGAGACAGCUAAUCUGCCUCCUUCUCCACCUCCAUCACCAGCCUCAGAACAGACCAUUGCAGUGGAAGAAGGUUUACUUCCAGCCUCGAAGAUGGAGUUCCAUGAUCAACAGGACUUGACUCCCUCUCCAGCUGAGCCAUUAGACAAGAAGGACAAGGAGUCAGAGAAACAAAGUAAGCCUGGUGAAGACCUUAAACAUGCUGCCUUCGUUUCUCAGCCUGAGACAACUAAAAUUUCCCCUGACAAAAAGGACAUGCAAGGCCCAGAGGAAGAAAAAGCACCUCCCACUCUGUUUGGGCAUACUCUUGGUGCCGGGCUAGAAGACACGAAACAGAAGACAGAACCAAGCAUCGUAGUGCCUGGUAUUGGCCUCUCUGCAGAGCCCCCAGCUCCAAAAGAGCAAAAGGACUGGUUCAUCGAAAUGCCAAUGGAAGCCAAAAAGGAUGAGUGGGGUUUAGCUGCUCCCAUCUCGCCUGGCCCUCUAACCCCCAUGAAGGGAAAAGAUGUCCUUGAGGAUAUCCCCAAAUGGGAGGGGAAACAGUUUGAUUCUCCCAUGCCCAGUCCCUUUCAGGCUGGCAGCUUCACUCUUCCUUUAGAUGUCAUGAAGAAUGAAAUAGUUGCAGAAGCAUCACCCUUUGCCCCUGCCCUAUUACAACCAGAUGACAAAAAAUCUCUGGAAGAAACCAGUGGCCCAGCAACUGCCAAAGAUAGUUCUAAAGCUGAAGAGCCCCAUAAGGAUAAAUCUGACAAAAUGGCAGAAGCGCCAGCCCCAGAGACAUUCACCUUACCCAAAGAUGCCCACAUUCCGACUGUGGAGGAAUGUGUCCCAGAGAAAGUUUUAGGAGAGGAGAAAGGGGCAAUAAAGCAAGAGAGUGCACAGAAAAAAGAGCAGGAAGUGACACUUACUGAAAAAGAAUCUCUGCUAAAGCUUGAAGAAAAGACAACCAUUUCUGACAAAGAAGCCGUGCCAAAAGAGAGUGAGCCCCUGAAACUGACAGAUGGAGAAACAGGCAUAAUUCAGCCCUGCAUGGAGCAUACCCUCUCAAAAGAAGAGCAGAAAGUCCAAGAGCCUACCACAGAGCCAUUAAAACAGGACUCAUUCCCUGUCAGUUUGGAGCAAGCAGUGACAGACUCAGCCGUGACCUCUAAGACGCUGGAGAAAGUCAUGACCGAACCAGUGGCAGUAAGUGAAAAGAGUGCAGCCCAAGACCUUUUUGAAGAAAAAGUUGCAGACAAAGAUAUUAAGAUGGAAGGGGUUGGGCCUGCAACAUCAGUGGAGCUUGACAUGCCAUUUUAUGAAGAUAAGUCAGGAAUGUCCAAGUAUUUUGAAACAUCCGCCUUGAAAGAAGAAGUGACCAGAAGCAUCCAGCCAGGCAGUGAUUACUAUGAACUCAGUGACACCAGAGAAAGUGUCCAAGAGUCUUUUGAUACCCUAUCUCCCGUGUGUAAAAACGGAGACAAGGGACUUGAGGCAGGUAAAGAACCCCAGCCCAGUGCUCCAGCACAAGAAACAGGGUACAGCACUCUUGCACAGAGUUAUCCGUCUGAUUUACCUGAAGAACCUAGUUCUCCUCAAGAAAGAAUGUUUACUAUUGACCCAAAAGUGUAUGGGGAGAAGCGGGAUCUCCACAGUAAGAAUAAGGAUGACUUGACGCUAAGCAGGAGUUUAGGACUUGGUGGGAGGUCUGCAAUAGAACAGCGAAGCAUGUCAAUCAAUUUGCCCAUGUCUUGCCUGGAUUCCAUAGCCCUUGGAUUUAACUUUGGUCGGGGACAUGAUCUCUCCCCUCUGGCUUCUGAUAUUCUAACCAACACUAGUGGAAGUAUGGAUGAAGGGGAUGAUUACCUGCCAGCCACAACACCUGCACUGGAGAAAGCCCCCUGUUUCCCAGUAGAAAGCAAAGAGGAAGACCAGACCGAGGGAGGAAAAGCUGCUGGAGAGGAAAGUACUCAAGUCGAGACCUCGUGUGAGUCACCUUUCUUAGCCAAAGAUUACUACAAAAAUGGUACUGUCAUGGCCCCUGACCUGCCGGAAAUGCUAGAUCUGGCAGGCACAAGGUCAAGAUUAGCUUCCGUGGGUGCAGAUGCUGAGGUUGCCAGGAGGAAGUCAGUCCCAUCAGAGACUGUGGUCGAGGAGAGUAGUACCGGCUUGCCCCCUGCCACCGAUGAAAACCACGUCAUUGUUAAAACAGACAGUCAGCUUGAGGACCUGGGUUACUGUGUGUUCAAUAAAUACACAGUCCCACUCCCAUCACCCGUUCAAGACAGUGAGAAUUUGUCAGGGGAGAGUGGUUCCUUUUAUGAAGGCACGGAAGAUAAAAUGCGAAGAGAUCUAGCCACAGACCUGUCCUUGAUUGAAGUAAAAUUGGCAGCUGCCGGAAGAGUCAAAGAUGAAUUCGGUGCUGAGAAAGAAGUACCCCCACAUAUCUCUGGUGACAAAUCGGGACUGGGUAGGGAGUUUGAUCAGGAGAGGAAAGCUAAUGAUAAGCUGGAUACUGUUCUGGAAAAGAGUGAAGAACAUGCUGAUGCAAAAGAACAAGCCAAGGCAACAGAAGAGGCCAGUGAUGAAGUUGAAACAUUUGGCUUAGGAGUAACCUACGAGCACACUCCCACCAAAGAACUGACCGUUUCAAAAGACACAUCACCUCCCGCGGCCGAGAAAGCUGAGAAAGGUCUUAGUUCAGUGCCAGAAGUAGCUGAGGUCGAAACAUCCAAAAAAGCUGAACCAGAACUGGAUUUUGUUGCAAUGAAAGCUGACCAGGGUCAAUUAGAUGUGAAAAUCAGUGACUUUGGACAGAUGGCCGCAGGGCUGGCGGUAGACGCUGGAGAGGCAACAGAGCUUAAGCUCGAGGUGACACAAGAUCUGCCCCCCUCAUCUGGAGCACCUCAGGAGGAAGACGCGUUUAUGAGUGUUGAGGCUGGCCACAUGAAAGAAGGCACUAAAGUCAGUGAGACAGAAAUCAAGGAGAAGGUAGCCAAGCCUGACUUGGUGCACCAGGAGGCUGUAGACAAGGAAGAGUCCUACGAGUCCAGUGGUGAGCAUGAGAGCCUCACCAUGGAGUCCUUGAAAGCUGAUGAGGGCAAGAAGGAAACAUCCCCAGAAUCCUCUCUAAUUCAAGACGAGAUUGCCAUCAAAUUGUCAGUGGAGAUACCAUGUGCACCUGCUGUCUCAGAGGCUGAUUUAGUCCCAGAUGAGAGAGCUGAUGUCCAGAUGGAAUUUAUUCAGCAGCCAAAAGAAGAAAGCAAAGAAACCCCAGAUAUCUCUGUCACACCCUCCGACAUCGCAGAGCCAUUGCCUGAAGCCAUCAGGGCUGAACCAGCAGAGGCUCAGAGUGAGGAAGAAGAGAUAGAAGCCCGGGGAGAAUAUGAUAAACUGCUCUUCCGCUCCGACACCCUUCAGAUUACCGACCUGGGCGUCCCAGGUGUCAGGGAGGAAUUUGUGGAGACCUGCCCUGGUGAGCACAAAGGAGUGAUCGAGUCCGUUGUGACCAUCGAGGAUGACUUUAUCACUGUGGUGCAAACCACAACGGAUGAAGGGGAGUCAGGUUCCCACAGCGUGCGUUUUGCAGCCCUGGAGCAGCCUGAGGUGGAGAGGAGACCAUCCCCCCACGCUGAAGAAGAGCUCGAAGUAGAAGAGGCAGCCGAAGCCCAGGCGGAACCCAAGGAUGGCUCCCCAGAGGCUCCCGCUUCCCCCGAGAGAGAAGAGGUUGCACUCUCAGAAUAUAAGACAGAAACCUAUGACGAUUAUAAAGACGAGACCACCAUUGAUGACUCCAUCAUGGAUGCUGACAGCCUCUGGGUGGACACUCAAGAUGAUGAUAGGAGCAUCAUGACAGAACAGUUAGAAACUAUUCCUAAAGAGGAGAAAGCUGAAAAGGAAGCUCGGAGACCAUCUCUUGAGAAACAUAGAAAAGAAAAGCCUUUUAAAACCGGGAGAGGCAGAAUUUCCACUCCUGAAAGAAAAAUAGCUAAAAAGGAACCUAGCACAGUCUCCAGAGAUGAAGUGAGAAGGAAAAAAGCAGUUUAUAAGAAGGCUGAACUUGCUAAAAAAACAGAGGUUCAGGCCCACUCUCCCUCCAGGAAAUUCAUUUUAAAACCUGCUAUCAAAUAUACUAGACCAACUCAUCUCUCCUGUGUUAAGCGGAAAACCACAGCAACAGGUGGUGAAUCAACUCAGGCUUCCAGUGUAUUUAAACAGGCAAAGGACAAAGUCUCUGAUGGAGUAACCAAGAGCCCAGAAAAGCGCUCUUCUCUGCCCAGACCCUCCUCCAUUCUCCCUCCUCGUCGAGGUGUAUCAGGAGACAGAGAUGAGAAUUCCUUCUCUCUCAACAGUUCCAUCUCCUCUUCAGCACGGCGGACUACCAGGUCAGAGCCAAUUCGCAGAGCAGGAAAGAGUGGCACUUCCACACCCACUACCCCUGGAUCAACCGCCAUCACUCCUGGCACCCCACCAAGCUACUCCUCACGCACCCCAGGCACUCCUGGAACCCCGAGCUAUCCCAGGACCCCUCACACACCAGGAACCCCCAAAUCGGCCAUCUUGGUGCCCAGCGAGAAGAAAGUUGCCAUCAUACGUACGCCUCCAAAAUCUCCCGCUACUCCCAAGCAACUUCGGCUUAUUAACCAACCACUGCCAGACCUGAAGAAUGUCAAAUCCAAAAUCGGAUCGACAGACAACAUCAAAUACCAGCCUAAAGGGGGGCAGGUACAGAUUGUUACCAAGAAGAUAGACCUAAGCCAUGUGACAUCCAAAUGUGGCUCUCUGAAGAACAUCCGCCACAGGCCAGGUGGUGGGCGUGUGAAAAUUGAGAGUGUAAAACUGGAUUUCAAAGAAAAGGCCCAAGCUAAAGUCGGCUCACUUGACAAUGCUCACCAUGUACCUGGAGGUGGUAACGUCAAGAUCGACAGCCAGAAGUUGAACUUCAGAGAGCAUGCAAAGGCCCGUGUGGACCACGGAGCUGAGAUCAUUACGCAAUCCCCAGGCAGAUCCAGCGUGGCGUCCCCCCGACGACUCAGCAAUGUCUCCUCUUCUGGAAGCAUCAACCUGCUCGAAUCCCCUCAGCUUGCCACUUUGGCCGAGGAUGUCACUGCUGCACUCGCUAAGCAGGGCUUGUGAAUAUUUCUCAUUUAGCAUUGAAGUAAUAAUAUUUAGGCAUGAGCUCUUGGCAGGAGUGGGCUCUGAGCAGGUGUUACAUUCAUUCUUUACAAACCAUAAAAUAAAUAAUCUCAUUCCCAAACUGUAGUAAUUGUUACAAUUUUAUAAAAAACAAUGAAUAGUAUAUGCAGAAAUUGACUUGAUUUCCAUUUGCAACAGGAAGACACUGGCUUUACAUGAGUACAAUUGGACAAUUAUUUUUGCUCUGCUCUGUUUUGCAUGGAGUAUUAUUAUUUUAAAAAUUGCAUUUUUACCUUUCAUGUGCCUGAAGGCUAUCCAUACAUUCUGAAAGGCCUUGUUGAAAUCCAAGCUGCUCAUUCCACUCUUCUGUUGCUGGGUGAAAAGAUAAAAGCUGCCCAUUUUAACUUAUUAGAGGUUAAAUUAAAUCAAGGAGUCUGAUUGCAGGAAGGAAAGAGCAUGUAAGAAAUAAGGUUUUUUUUUUAAAGUGUUAUUUUGUAUAAAUGGGAAGAAAGAUUCAGUUAAGUUAUUAACAUUUGGGACCUGGAUAAUUAUAUCAGAGUAUAAGUCAAUCCAAUAAAUUAUUUAACUAAUUAAAAAUAGUUACGAAGCAUUUGAGCUGUGGUUGAGGAAGCGAUAUAAAAGUGCAUCUCUUAGGAAUGAGGCACUUUCACUAGGAUGGACUCGUCUGAUUAGAAUGUCAGUUGAUCAGCUAGAUUUGUGUCCACACUACCAGUUUCACACUCCCUUUCCAUCUGUUUGAUACAGUAUUAUAGAUAUAAAUAUAUAUAUAUUUCUCUGUGGCCAUUUGUGAUACUUCCUCAUAUACUUGAAUAUUAUACUUCCUUAUUCACAGUAUCUGUGUCUCCUGCACCCUUUGGUGUUGCAAUUUUAGGUAUGUGAAAGUAGAUGUUAGCAGGGUUCUUUCCCUAUU